CUCCACCGUGAGCGUGUCUCUCGUUUCUUUCCACAGCUACAUCAUGAGUGCGCCGAACGCGCUGCGAGUGGGCAGCAAGGAGAACGUGUUUGUGGAGGCACAGGAGUACACUGGCGCACCCGUUGAAGUUACCAUCACGGCAAAAGAAUUCCCGGCAAAACUACGGGAGUUUCUGAACCACAAAGUCACACUGAACUCUGACAACAGCUACCAGGCCCUGCAGGAGAUCAUGCUCAAAGAAGAUUUCUUUGACAAGGAUUCCAAUAAAAAGCAGUUUGUCUACCUGGAAGCAAAGUUCCCGCAACAUACGCUGCAGAAAGUUGUUCUCCUCUCUUUCCAAUCGGGAUUCAUUUUUGUUCAGACUGAUAAGACCAUCUACACACCCACCAGCAAAGUUCAUUACAGACUCUUCGCCACAAACCCCAGCAUUGAGCCUAUUGAAAAUGAUAUUUCUGUCGAGAUGAUGACCCCAGAUGGAAUAAUAGUUUUCAGAGACCAAGUGUUUCCAAAUAAAGGAGUUCAGUCUGGAGUGUACGAGCUGCCGGAGGUCGUCAGUGUGGGAACAUGGAAGGUGGUGGCCAAAUUCCAAAAAACACCACAAAGAAACUUCACUUAUGAAUUUGAAGUCAAGGAAUAUGUGCUGCCAACCUUUGAAGUCAAACUGAUACCAAGACAGUCCUUCUUCUACGUAGACGACAGAGAACUGACUGUCGACAUCACUGCCAAGUACCUGUAUGGGAAGGACGUGACUGGGAAAGCAUUUGUGGUGUUCGGUGUGAUGACUCAAGAAGGCAAGAAGAGUUUCCCAGGUUCUCUUCAGAGAGUGGAUAUCAUCGAAGGGAAGGGCACGGCUACCCUGAAACGAGAGCACAUUGUGCAGAUCAGUCCAGACAUCAACCAGCUUCUAGGGCUACCCAUCUAUGUGACAGUCAAUGUUUUGACAAGAACCGGCACUGAAAUGGUGGAGGCGGAGAAGACAGGAAUCCUUAUAGUGACCUCACCCUACACCAUUCACUUCAAGAAAACUCCCAAGUUCUUCAAACCAGGGAUGCCAUUUGUCACUAUGGUCUAUGUGACAAAUCCAGAUGACAGUCCUGCUGCAGGCAUCAGACUAAAGGCAACGCCUGGACCUGUGCAUGGUGUUACUAAGGCCAAUGGUAUGGCCAGGCUAACUGUAAAUACUGGUGGCCAGGUUGCAGACCUGCGAAUCACAAUUCAAACUGAGAUGCCAGCUCUGUCACCCAAUCGUCAAGCUCAGCAGACAAUGGUUGCCAAACCCUACCAGACAUACAAGAACACAAAGAACUACCUGCACAUUGGGAUCCAGGCAACUGAGCUGGAAAUUGGAGACAUCUUUGAAGUCAAUCUGAAUUUGGCAAAUGACAAUCCAGGGGUCCAGAAUGAAAUCACCCAGUUCACAUACCUGGUUGUGAACAAAGGGCAGAUUGUCCUUGCAAAGAGACAAGAAAGGAAGCAAGGUCAGUCCCUGGUGACCUUGACACUGCCGGUGACAAAGGACAUGGUUCCUUCAUUCCGCUUUGUGGCGUAUUACCAUCUGGGAGCUGACCAAGUGGUCUCCGACUCAGUCUGGGUGGAUGUGAAGGAUACCUGUGUGGGGAAGCUCAAAGUCACAUCCACCAGGUCUCAGUAUGAGCCACGUAAGAGCUUCACGCUGAGUAUCGAAGGUGACCCUGGAGCGAAGGUGGGGUUGGUCGCUGUGGACAAGGGUGUCUAUGUGCUGAACAGCAAACACAGACUGAGUCAGUCCAAGAUCUGGGACAUAGUUGAGAAGCACGAUGUCGGCUGCACAGCUGGAAGCGGACAAAACAGCAUGGAGGUGUUCUACGAUGCUGGGCUCAUGUUUCUGUCCAAUGGAAAUGUGGAGACCAGAUCCCGAUCAGAGCCUGACUGCCCUUCACUUGCAAAGAGACGACGUCGUGGCUCAGAGGCGAGUGACGACGACUACUUCUCGGACAGAGACACUGUGUCCCACAUUCAGCUCCCCGAGAGCUGGCUGUGGCAGGAGUUGAUGCUGCCAAACUGCCCCCCACAGAACCCACGCUGCACCUCCACAUCACACGAGAUCAAAAGUUUCCAGAAGGACACCAUCACCACCUGGGAGGUCACCGCUAUCGGCCUCUCCGGAACUCACGGAAUCUGCAUGGCUGAUCCCUUUGAAAUGACCGUGAUGAAGAACUUCUUCAUCGACCUCAAGUUGCCGUACUCUGCGGUGCGGAACGAGCAGCUUGAGAUCAAAGCUGUGCUUUACAACUACGUAGAAGAUAAUUUGAAGGUGCGUGUAGACUUGAUGGAGACAGAGAAUGUGUGUAGUGCAGCCAGCAAGAAGAGAAGGUACCGGGAAGAGGUGGAGGUGCCUCCCAUGUCCUCAGUGUCCGUCCCUUUUGUCAUCAUCCCCAUGGCUAUUGGAGAACACUCUAUUGAGGUGAACGCUACCAUCUACGAUUCUGACAUCACUGACGGUGUGAAGAAGAACCUGCGGGUAGUGUCUGAAGGAAUGCGGGUCAAAAAGGAGAUCAAAACAAUUGUUCUAGAUCCAACGAAACACAAUGGCAAGCAGUUUGAGAUGAUCAAGGGGACUAACCCACAUAACCAAGUGCCAGGUUCACCUGCUGAGACCUACAUUACUGUCACAGGUGAGCUACUGCAUCAGACCAUCCAGGAAGCCAUCAGCGGCUCACCUCUGGGGAAUCUAAUCAUGCAACCAUCUGGAAGUGGUGAGCAGAACAUGAUUGGCCUCACAGGACCUGUAAUCGCCACACACUAUCUGGACAACACAGGCCAAUGGGAGAAAGCUGGGGUGGAGAAGCGAGAGACGGCCAUCAAGUACAUUGGCCAAGGGUACGUCCAGGAGUUGACAUAUCGCAAAACUGAUGGGUCAUACGCUCCCUGGAAAGGCAGGCCGAGCAGCACCUGGUUAACUGCCUACGUGACCAAGGUGUUUUCAAUGGCGUACAAACUCAUUAGCAUCGAGGAAGAUGUGAUCUGUAGUGCCGCCAAGUGGUUGAUCCUGAACGCACAGCAGGCCGAUGGUUCCUUCAAAGAAGAUGCUCCAGGCUAUCAUACAGAGAUGAUGGGCAAUGUGAGAGGGAAGGACGCCGAUGCUUCCCUGACUGCCUUCGUCCUCAUCGCGCUGCAGGAAGCGCAGCCCAUCUGCGGAGUGGAGAGAGUCGCUAGCCUUCCAGACGGCAUAAAGAAAGCCCAGGAGUUCCUGUCACGCAGGAUCAACAGCCUCACUAACUCCUAUGCCGUGGCAAUGACAUCUUAUGCCCUGGCCAACGAGGGACAGAACCAGCUGGAUAUCUUGUUCAAGUUUGCCUCCCCAGACAAAUCCCACUGGCCUGACAUGAACAGCCAUCUCUUCACCCUGGAGGCCACAGGAUAUGCACUGCUGACUCUGGUCAAGGCUAAGGAGUUUGACAAGGCAGGCAAAGUGGUGGAGUGGCUGACACAACAGCGCUUCUACGGUGGUGGAUACGGCUCUACCCAGGCCACCAUCAUAGUUUUCCAGGCAGUGGCUCAGUACCACAUGGAUGUGGGUCCUGUAAAGGACAUCGACCUUUUUGUGGAUAUCAGUGUGGCCGGUCGCAGCAGACCCAUUGCGUACACUUUCAACAAGAACAACGCCUUCCUCACCCGUUCUCUCAAGACCCGAGUGGAUCAGGACCUCAACAUCACAGCCACAGGAGUGGGCCAGGGGACCGUUUCGGUCAUGACCCUGUACAACACCAUUCCUACUGAAGAGAAGCAAAACUGUAAAAACUUUGAACUGGCUGUGAAACUGACAAGAAUCCCAGCUAAAAAUGAGGAUGUCUUAGAAACAUACAAACUUGAGAUUGACGUUGGGUUCCUGUCCACUGAGAGGGACGCCACCAUGUCGAUUCUGGACAUCACUCUCCUCACAGGCUUUGUGGCAGAUGAGGAAGACCUGAGAGCGUUAACCAGAGGAAAGGACAGGUACGUUCAGAAGUUUGAGAUGGACAAGCAGCUGUCUGAGAAGGGCUCCCUCAUCCUCUACAUGGACAAGGUCUCUCGCAACUUACCUGACAGAGUGGUCUUCAGAAUGCACAAGAUGCAGAAAAUUGGCCUGAUCCAGCCUGCAGCAGUUACUGUAUAUGAGUACUACGCCAUGGAAAAUCGCUGCACAAAGUUCUACCAUCCAGAGAAGAAGGAUGGAGCCCUCAACCGCAUUUGCCACGAUGAUGUCUGUCGUUGUGCCGAAGAGAACUGCAGCAUGCAGAAGAAACUUGGGAAGAACAGGGACCUGGACCGCAUUACAGAAGCCUGCACAGCAGAAGUAGACUAUGUUUACAAAGUUCAGGUGGUUCGUGCAGAAGUGAGUGACUCCUUGGAUCGGUUCACCAUCAAGAUACUGGAAGUGAUUAAAGAAGGCACUGACACUGAAGUGCAGUGGAAGGAGCGCAUGUUUAUAUCCCAUCCCUACUGUAGGGAGGCAAUCAAUCUGCUUGAGAAGAAAAUGUACCUACUUAUGGGCAAGUCUGCUCACCUCAUCAUGGGAGAGGGCAAGAGCAUGACGUACAUGGUGGGAGAUGGUACCUGGAUUGAGUACUGGCCAACACCUGAAGAGUGCCAGAUGGAGAAAUACCAACAGACUUGCCUUGAAAUCACAAAUUUCACCAAUGACCUGUUUAACUUUGGAUGCCCCAACUGAGCUGCAGUCUGACAUUAGUUUGUUUCUUUAGUUCCAGGUUUUGCCUUCUGUCCAUUCACAUUGUCAGAUAUUCCAGUAGUGUCACAUGCUGUUGUUUUCUUACAGGGAACAUGAUGUAAAAGCAUAAACACACACACACACACACACAC